AUCGACCGAUGAUUAUAAAUGAACAUGUGAAUGAAAACACUCGGUCAGUAGACGGUUGUGCUGUGACUAAUCUGGAUACAACAUGACUGUGUGUUUACGGAUGAUGGGCCUUUUGGCCGCAGUGGUCGGCCCCAUUGCACAAGGUAUGAUCGUGUACAAUCCGACAUCGUACAACUUGGGCCGGUACAACGAUCCGUGUUCACCGAACCCGUGUGGGUCCAACACUCAAUGCCGAGUAGCUGACGGUCGACCUGUGUGCAGUUGUUUACCAGGACACUGGGGAAAUCCACUGACUUACUGUCAACGAGGCGAAUGCGAAGUCAACCAGGAUUGUCCAAGUUCCAAGUCUUGCCGGAACUACAGGUGUGAGGACGUGUGUGCCGGACAAUGUGGAAUCAAUUCGGACUGUACGCCCAGAAAUCACGUGGCCGUUUGCUCUUGUCCGGCGCGUCACACCGGAGACCCGUCAGUGUCCUGUCGUCAAAUGGAUCCACAAGAACAAUGUUACCCAAGUCCCUGCGGCCAGAACACCAAGUGUGAAGUGAUCAACGACGUUCCUGUGUGUUCGUGCUUGCCCGGAUACGUAGGAUCACCGUUUGCCGGUUGUCGUCAUGAAUGUGAAUCCGACUACGAUUGCAGUCCCAGUCAAAUGUGUCAACAGUUUAAGUGCACAACGGCCUGUGCUGUCGGUACUUGUGCGUCCACGGCCAUUUGCGACGUCCACAACCACCGACCCACUUGCUCGUGUCCAAAGGGCUACUUUGGAGACCCCUACGUAUCGUGCCGUGCCGAGUGUCUGACCAACAGUGACUGUCCGUCCGACCGUCCAGCCUGUCUGGGCGAAAAGUGCGUUAACCCAUGCUCGGGCGGUGUGUGCGGCGUCAACGCCAACUGCGAGGCCCGUGGCGCAACUCCCAUAUGCAGUUGUCCCAAGACCAUGACGGGCGAUCCGUUUGUCCGGUGCAGGCCGUUCGAACCGGCCGAUCUUUGCGAACCCAACCCGUGCGGCGAGAACGCCCGGUGCCAACCGGGACACGACAACACCGGCAAAGAGCGGCCGGUGUGCACCUGUCUGCCAGGAUACGUGGGCGACGCUUUGACCCGGUGCCGCCGCGGUGAAUGCCAGGCCGACAUCGAGUGUCGUUUCGAUCAGUCGUGCGUCGACUACCAGUGCAAGAACGUGUGCACCGGACAGUGCGGCGUGGACGCUGAGUGCAAUGCCAGGAACAGGGUGGCCACAUGCACGUGUCCGCCGGGUUACACCGGCGACGCUUUGACCAGGUGUUAUCCCAAGACCGGCGGCAGUGCCAGAAUUGGCCGCGUUUACUACAAUAAGAAAUGAAAUCCUUAUCAAUAAUGAUUGUCAUUGUCCUUAUUUUUCGUUCCGUUUUCGAUUUAACACAAUAUUUUUUUUUACAUAUUAUUAUUAUUAAUUAUUUUUUAAGUCGUAAUUAAGUAAUGUAAACUUGUAAUUAAUACUGUUGUCAUUUUUAUAUAU